ACUGCCCUGCCAGCUAGCCAAAAUCUCUUCGAGCGAGAGCCCCCAAUAUAAAGGCACUACAGACCGCACGGCGUGCCAUUUGUUGUUGAGUCUAGCCGUCAACAAGAAUCGUCAACGUGCGAAUUAAUUCUAAUUACAUCCUUUCCUUCGCCUAAAAGAUAAUCAACUGCCAAGAUGUGUGACGAUGAUGCGGGUGCAUUAGUUAUCGACAACGGAUCGGGCAUGUGCAAAGCCGGCUUUGCUGGUGAUGACGCCCCACGUGCUGUCUUCCCAUCGAUUGUGGGUCGCCCACGCCACCAGGGUGUGAUGGUGGGUAUGGGUCAGAAGGAUUCGUACGUCGGUGAUGAGGCUCAGAGCAAGCGUGGUAUCCUCACUCUGAAAUAUCCCAUUGAGCACGGCAUCAUCACCAACUGGGAUGACAUGGAGAAGAUCUGGCAUCAUACCUUCUACAAUGAGUUGCGUGUGGCCCCCGAGGAGCAUCCAGUAUUAUUGACAGAGGCCCCCCUUAAUCCCAAGGCCAAUCGCGAGAAGAUGACUCAGAUCAUGUUUGAGACCUUCAACUCCCCGGCCAUGUAUGUUGCCAUCCAGGCCGUGCUGUCCCUGUACGCCUCCGGUCGUACCACUGGUAUUGUGCUGGACUCUGGUGACGGUGUCUCCCACACCGUGCCCAUCUAUGAGGGCUUCGCCCUGCCCCAUGCCAUCCUCCGUCUGGAUCUGGCCGGUCGCGAUUUGACCGACUACCUGAUGAAGAUCCUCACCGAGCGCGGCUACUCGUUCACCACCACUGCCGAGCGGGAGAUCGUGCGCGACAUCAAGGAGAAGCUGUGCUACGUUGCCCUGGACUUCGAGCAGGAGAUGGCCACCGCUGCCGCCUCCACCUCCUUGGAGAAGUCAUACGAGUUGCCCGACGGACAGGUCAUCACCAUUGGCAACGAGCGUUUCCGCUGCCCCGAGGCCCUGUUCCAGCCCUCCUUCCUGGGAAUGGAGUCGUGCGGUAUUCACGAGACCGUCUACAACUCGAUCAUGAAGUGCGAUGUGGACAUCCGUAAGGAUCUGUAUGCCAACUCUGUGCUGUCCGGCGGUACCACCAUGUAUCCAGGUAUUGCUGAUCGUAUGCAAAAGGAGAUCACUGCCCUGGCCCCAUCGACCAUCAAGAUCAAGAUCAUUGCGCCACCUGAGAGAAAGUACUCCGUAUGGAUCGGUGGCUCCAUCCUGGCCUCUCUCUCCACUUUCCAGCAGAUGUGGAUCUCGAAACAGGAGUACGAUGAGUCCGGCCCCGGCAUUGUCCACCGCAAAUGCUUUUAAAUCUUUCCCACGUGGCGAAAGACUUCCAAAGGCAACAAAAACCAACAGCAAUACCCUCAACGUCAGCGGGCCGCCCCUGAACACCGUCGGCUCGCCCAGUGAUACACAAGAGCA